CUCAAUUGAAAGAUUAAAGGAGAAUAGAGAUCGGCGAUCAAUUUGAAAAUAAAACGCGUAGCAGGCUAGUUACGCGAACCGUUCGUGUUUUGUUGUUGCGGAGGCAAUCUCGAUUUGUAUACAGGCCUGUCUAAACAUUGUAAAUAAUAAUUUUUCAGCGUAUUUCGAAACGGGGUCUAAACAUUUCUGGCGGAUCCUCUCGUCGAAAUCUAAUAUCCCGGAGUGCAGGUGUAUCAUCGGUACGGGAGUUCGAUCUAUCCGUAAACGGAGUGAUUUUGAUGGGAGUGUUUGUUGUAAGACGCCGGAAAAACAAGAGGCUCUCCAGUGGAAGUGAAAAUGACGAUAACCGCCAGAACGAGGAUUAAACACUUCAAAAACGACUUACUCUGAUCCGAAAAAUGUUCGUCUUUUGCUAUUUUCUUGUCAUACUUCUAUACAGGGUUUUUGCUGAUGAAUCAUCAUCUACAGUUUUACCAGGUAUGACAUUCGUAAACGUAUCUAUAAAACCGUAUCUUGAUCCUUUGGACUACAUUCGUCUCAACAUGUCAUGGAACGAAAUUCAAGGAGAUGUCGACAUCGUUUCCAUACGGUUUAUGAACACCGAAAAUUGUAAUCCCAUCAACGAUAUUGAGGAAUAUUCUUUAAGAUCGAACAAUUUCGUAAUAGUACCAAGCUUGGAUUUCGAAAGACCUGCAGACUAUUUGAUCAAUGGUUGCAAGUAUACCAUAGCCUUAGAAGAUGGAAACUAUCCCACCGAAAUUCAAAGACUGGAAUACGAAGUACCUGAAUGUGUGGAAAGCAAAUGUAGAUGCAGAGAUGCCAGAAAUUCUCCGUAUAAACUGGAUCAAAUUAAUCCUACGCGAGAUGGUAUUUUUCGCAUCAAAUGGAAGAGGCUCACUGCAGAAAAUAUGACAAUCGAUGAAGUGUAUUAUGAGAGAGUGAACAGUACACAAAGAACCUUCAUACCAGCCGUGACCUCCUCCCCUGAAAAUGACACGGUGGACGUUCACUUACCCGAUUUGAGAGAAGAGAUAUCUUACAGGAUAACCAUCAAAUUCAUAGACAAAUACAACGAAUGUAUAUACUUUUCUUCAAUGAAUAUUACAGUUCCAGGCAAAGGAAUAGCAAUAUAUCUCACGACAGGUUUGGUUCUCUUCAUCAUACUAACCCUUUUGUCCCUGAUCUUUGUCGUCAGAUACUCUCCCAAAUUGCGAACAAAGUUGAGAAUGUACCUGAGUUGUUUCGCAUUCCAAGGAAAUCCACUGACGAUGGUUAAAACGGUGUCAUUCGCAAAUUUGAGAGAGGAGAUCAACCCACUCUACGGUCGUUAUGAUUUUAUUAAGAAAUCUCACAAUUUUGACGACUUCGAGUUUCCUAGAAACCAAAUCCUACUCAAAAGAGAAAUAGACGGGGGUGCGUUUGGAAAGGUUUAUUUCGGAGUCGCUUUCGAAAUAGGGAUGAAGCCAGGAUAUACCCAGGUUGCUGUGAAACAAUUGCGAGAGGGAGCCUCCAAAGAAGACAUUGAGGACUUCCAAAACGAGAUAAACACAUUGAAAAAAAUCGAGCCUCAUACAAACAUCGUCGAAUUGCUUGGUUGCGUGACCAAAGACCAACCCAACAUGAUGAUAAUGGAACUGGUUCCAUGCGGCUCCCUGAAGAAGUACCUCCUGAGUCUGAGAUCCAAGUGGAUGACGAUGAGGAACUCGAGAUUCUUCUUUCCUGACGACAAUACAACCGACAAGGGAAACCAGAGUAUCUCGAGCAAGUCGGAAGGCUCGUACAUCCAACCUGACGAGCUGGACACGUUCUUGAAGAGAAACUGCGAUAUGAAAUUCUCAAAGCAGGCUAACGGCUUCAAUCAAAGGAAGAGACACAGCUCGGAGUGUACACAGCUUCCCCAAACACCGUCCUCUUUGAAUUCGGCUAAGUUGGCUUCAUGCGCGGAUACUGAAACUACCUCUUUGGGAAGCGAACCCAUUACACCCACUAACGAAUUCAAUCGACUGGUUGAACCUGUGUUGGACCAUACGGAACUACAACAGUUUGCCUUCCAAAUCGCCAGUGGUAUGAAACAUUUGGAGAAAUUGAAUGUCGUUCACAGAGACUUAGCAGCAAGAAACGUAUUGAUAACCAACAACAAGAUCUUGAAAAUAUCCGACUUCGGAAUGUCUAGGUUAGGUUCUUACGUUAGCGUCAAAUCCAAAAAAUGCCCUCUACGAUGGAUGGCCAUAGAAGCGAUUGAAGAAAGGAAGUGCGAUAGUAAGAGCGAUGUCUGGUCUUUUGGCGUCGUAUUGUGGGAGAUUGGAACUCUAGGGGCUUUUCCGUACGAAAACACAGUCGACGGCAUGGUACUGCCCUCGCUGAAAAUGGGAAAUCGACUGGAAAGGCCCGGCAUCUGUACGGACGAACUCUACUCGUUGAUGUUGAGGUGUUGGUGCGAAUGGCCGAACGAGAGGCCAUCUUUCGAAGAACUAGUAGAACUGUUGGACGUGAAAAAGCGAAAGGUGUACGUGGACUUUUCCGAGAUCAGUCCGAGAUACGAUUUUCCGCCGAUCAACGAGGUUUGCGAGUCAGUCGAAGAGUUGUCGGACGGGUGAAACGAAUCGCGUGUUAUUGUGUAAGAUGUAUGGAGAGAUAUUGUUAUUUUUUAUUAAAAAGUUUAAAAAAGAUA